AUGACAAUGGAGCAACUACUGCUGAACGGUUUAAACUCAUUUACCGCAUCACCAUUAUUCCCCUCAUCAACACCAUCAGAACCACGGUGGAAUGAAAGUUGCUCUUUUAUCCACAGUCUGCCCUCGGUGGAGGAGAAGUGCGCCUUUGUGGUGAACGGCACCGCCUGCUCCUACGAUGGCAUCUUCUACCCGUACACUGCCCUCACCUACUGUCAGCUGGGCUACCUCCAGCCGCUGGCCAUGUUCGCCCUCAUUUGCAUCCUCUUCAUGCUCUUCGUCACCAUUGGCAGCGUCGCCGAUGACUUUCUCUGUCCCUCUCUUCUGACCGUCUCAAAAACGUUCCGCCUGCCAGAUCAUAUAGCAGGUGUCACCUUUCUUGCACUUGGCAACGGCGCACCGGACAUCUUUUCCUCGAUCAGCGGCAUCAGUCAGGCAAAGCCACAUCUGGUCUUCUCUGCACUGUACGGCGCCGGCAUUUUCACCACCACCGUCGUCACCGGAACUGUCCUCUUCAGCGGUGACUUUGCGGUGAUGAAGCGGCCGUUGGUGCGUGAUCUCACCUUCUACAUUGGUGCUGCCGUCCUAGUCUGGGCAUUCAUCCUAAAUGGCACUCUUCAGUUGGCGCAUUCGCUUUCUCUAGUCGGCUACUAUAUAGUUUACAUUAUUGUCCUGGUGGUCAGUCGCUUUAUCUACAUGCGAUACCAAACCUCGCCUGCAGAUGAUGAAGAGGAUGAAGAUGGUGAGGGUGAAGAGGGUGACAAAAGAGAAGGGGAGGUUGAAAGGCCAAAGGAGGUGAUUGAAGUGCUGACCACCUUUGGCGUCAUUCUCAAUCUCUCCGAGUCCAUUCUUGGACUGACGAUACUUGCCUGGGGCAACAGUCUCGGUGAUCUGAUUGCUAACAAUUCGCUGGCCAGACAUGGCUAUCCGGGCAUUGCCAUAUCGGCCUGUUUUGGUGGGCCCAUGCUUAAUCUUUUAAUGGGCGUCGGGUUGCCGUACACAAUUCUUUUUGUCGGCCAAGAUACAAAUAAACUGCUCAUCGACUACACUAAAAUGACGACGCUGCUCUUUGCAACAAUCACCGCCAGCUUAGUCACUACACUUGUUUUCUUUACUGUAAAACGCUUCAAAUCCUCUAAAAUUCACGGCGCUAUUCUCAUUGCCAUCUACAUCGUCUACAUUGCCAUGGCAGUGGUCAUUGA